GCUCUCUCGCACAGAAGGUGGCGGAGGGGUCGGUCUGGGCCUGUUGGAGGAGAACUUGGGACAGCUGUUGAAAAUGAGCCAGGUGCGGGGCGGAAGAUGUGGGUCUGGGUCCUGGGAGGGACUCGGCGAGUCGGCUCGGGAGGGAAGGGCCCGCGGCCGCCCAUGACUUACAUGCACAUCUGUGAGACUUCGUGCUUCGUGUUCCUGCUGCGCCCCGGGGCCUGUAUCAGCUUAACGUGCUCUACGGCAAGUUCCACAUUAACGGCUUUGAUCGUGCGGCUCUGUGCGCCUGGUAGCGAUGCGCUCCGUGCGAGAGUUCGGGAUAACAGCCCGUCCUGCCUGCUAGCUCCACACAGCGGGAACCUGCAUCACAUCAGCGCAUUGGAUGGGCCCGCUGCCUUCCUGGUCAUCCUGGCAUCCCCUACGACACCCAGCGGAUGA